AUGGGGCCAGCCGAGCCGCAAGGCACGGGCUCCCAGCAUGGUGUGGCACGCCACUACCACCAGGUUUUGAGCGCACAGAGACGGAGGUCUUUUGAAGACUGGCUUGAGACAACAUCCAUCACCUUGACACAGGUUAAUGGUCAACGAAAAUAUGGCGGUCCUCCUACGGGCUGGAUAGGUCCUGCUCCCGGCCCAGGCUGCGAGGUCUUCAUCUGCUGUAUCCCACGGAACAUGUUCGAGGACUGCCUGAUCCCGCUUUUCCAGAUCGUGGCGCCGCUGUACGAGUUCCGCCUGAUGAUGAACAUCAGUGGGCAGAACCGUGGCUUCGCCUACGCCAAGUACGGGCGUACCAUGGACGCCGAGGCCGCCAUCCGGGCCCUGCACCUGCACCCACUGCAAGGCGGCGUGCGCCUCGUCGUCAGGCUGAGCACAGAAAAGAGACAGCUGUGUCUGGGGGAGCUGCCAGCCGGCGUGAGUGAGGAAGCGCUGCUCAACAUGCUGCGCGUGGUGUCGGACGGGGUCACAGGGGUCAUCGUGAGGGAGGCCGGGCCCAGGGGCAGGGCAGCCUCUGCCCUGGUGCUCUACUCUUCACACUACACCGCUUCCAUGGCCCUGAAGGUGCUGGUGCAAGCCUUCAAGAAGCAGUUUGGCAUCUUCAUCACUGUCCAUUGGUUGUCCGGCAGCUCCAAGCCCAGACAUUACGAGCGUGAAGAAGUUGGUGCCCUCGCCUAUCCAGGUCCUACACCUGUCGGCCAGGCUCUUCUCACACCCACGUGCUUCCAGUCGGUGAGGGCAGCCUCCCACGACCCCCACCCACAGCACUUCUCGCGGUCGUGCAAUGCUGUGGGCUGCCUGCGUCGGGUGUGUGAGCUGUAUGGGUUCGGCGUGCCACUCUACGACGUGCGCUAUCACACCAACACCAAUGGCUUUCUCUGCGUCACCUACAGCGUGCUGGUACCAGGGUUACCCAAACCGUUCUGCGGUGCUGCCAAAGUUUUCCCCUGCCCCAGCACCAACACCAUGAAGGAUGAGGCCCACCACAUCGCUGCCAAACAGGUCCUCAAGGCCAUGGGUCAUGCCUAG